AUGCGCUUCACAUUCGCCCUGUGCUUGCUUAUUUGGCCCUCGCACGGCAUGCCUCUCUUCCAGUGCAAAAGCUGCAUAUCAAAGUCGGACGAGUCCAUAGCAUCCACGCCGCGGCGCGGUUUUUGGAACACGAGCCCGCCGUACAGGGAGUGGAAGUAUGCGAAUCCCAAAAAGAGCAAGUCGGACAUGUACGGCAAGAAGAAUUGCCAAGAUUCGCCCAAUCACGAAAACUGCGCUGCCACUCGCCGGCUACACGGCGCUGUGCAAGGAUUGGAUGCAAAGGGCAACCUCAAGGCGGUUUGGGGCAUGCCGGGCGCCGAAUGGCGAUUGGAAGAUCAGCACAUGGUGCGCACGGAUGCAAGAGGGCGCUUCUACGGCACCAAGAUGCAGCAUCGCGCUGGAACGGUGUACUUUGACCCCGUGCAAGACGGCGAGAUCAUAGGAGGCUUUGAUGUGGAGCGCAAGCUGCGCAAUUUCAAGGGCGUCUACGACAUCGACGCGAAUCCCGUUCAUCGCUACGGUCCCGAGGCGCGGCCCAACAUCAAAGACGCGCAGCGCACCUUUCGAUCGAUUCAGGACCGCAUGGAAGCGGAGACGUCGUCCGCGCAGUCUUCGGCCACAUCCACACCGCAAUGGCGCAAGUUUGGUGCUGCCGAGAGCAAGCUUCACACGUCGUAGAAAUGGCGUGCAUGACCAGGUGACUGGUCUGAGGGGGCAGCGAAGAGCCAGCAAGCUGGGCAAGCUGACGAGAAGCGCAUGCAAGCAUGGCAGUGCACCCGCACGGCCCCCCAAGGGCUAGUGCUUUCAUUCGACCGUGUUAGACCUGUAAUCCUCAAAGACGAGAGUGUCAAG